AUGAGUAACUCGCAACGUAGAGUUGGAAAUAGGAGUAGGCCAUUCCCCUAUGAUCGUUCUUCCAUUAGAAGACAACGCGAUCAUCCCCUCGUUUCUGAAUUACAAGUUACAAUUACUCCACACAGUCGCGAAAUUACAAUUGUUUAUGUCAGUAGUCGUGAUUUAGUGGAAAGGGCCGUAAGGGAGCAGUAUGCAGACUAUUUCAAUGGCGGAUUAUCACAAAAUUCUUCAGAUGAUUUUCAACUCGUAAGUGAACUACUGUCUGAUGAUGAACUACUGUUUGUUGAUCAAGAGGCUAAUACGGAGGAGAAAGAGGACGAUGCUAUAUUAUUGAGCUAUUUUAAAACAAGAAUUCAUCGUCUUGCUGAUGGUGUAAAUAAUCCCACUGAAACUGAAGAAAUUUGUGCCAUAUGUCAAGCAGGAUUUGAGCAUGAAGAGUCCAUUGGGACACUUGGGUGUGGACACGAACAUCAUACAAGUUGCAUCAAACAAUGGUUGUCGAGGAAAAAAAAUUGUCCCGUGUGUCGAGCUUCUGUUUUGCCCCAAAAUACAUAA